ACUUCACACGAAAGAAACAACCAUUCACUUCCUCAUUUCUCCUCCACUCUCUCUCUUGUUCAUAUCUCAAAUCCUUACAACUACUACUAUUACCUUUCUUUUGAUCUAACACAACAAACCCUAUCUCAAGAAAAAUCCCAAAUUUCCUCUUCUCUCUCCCUCUUUUUAACCUGAAACUCUUCUUAGCUUCAUUCAUUUUAUCAAUCUUUCUCAAACAAGACACCUUCUUGAUAGUCACUUUUAAUUUCCUUAACCUACCUACAAACACAAGAAACAACAACAUAAAGAGCGAGGGCACAGGAUAUAUGGAGCUAUUCCCAGCACAACCAGACUUAUCUUUGCAAAUCAGUCCUCCAAACAGCAAAGCAUCAUCAACUUGGAAGACGAAUACAAAUAAUAAUACUAGUGCUGAAGAUAAGAUGGAUUUACUCUUCUGGAGAAGAGCUUUGGAAUCAAGAAACUCAAAACCUGAUAACAAUAAUACUACUAAUACUUCUUCUCUUUUUGAGCUUUCUUUAUCCAAUCCUAAACCUUCUCCUCAGCUUAACUCUAGCCAUUUCCAUUCCCUCCAAAACACUAAUAACUACUUCAUCCACCCUUUACAGCAAAAUCACUUUAUAAACCAUCAUCAUCAGCAGAAAAAUCAAGAACUAAUUAACUCAGAACUUAGUUUUUUAAGACCUAUAAGAGGAAUUCCAGUGUACCAUCAAAAUCCUCCUCCUACUCUUCCUGCUUCUCAUAAUUACCCAAUAUUUGCUCACCAAACUUUUAACAAUACUACUAAUACUACUACUACUACUGCUACUACAGCUACAUUACCUAUACGUUCUUCAUCAACGAACCCUUUUCAGUCCCAGCAUCAUCAUCAAGCUGGGCUAAUGCGAUCGAGAUUUUUGUCGAGGUUUCCAGCUAAACGUACCAUGAGAGCUCCACGGAUGAGGUGGACUAGUAGUCUUCAUGCUAGAUUUAUUCAUGCUGUUGAGCUCUUGGGUGGCCACGAAAGAGCAACACCCAAGUCAGUUCUUGAGCUAAUGGAUGUGAAAGACCUCACUUUGGCACAUGUUAAAUCCCAUUUACAGAUGUAUCGGACAGUUAAGACUACCAAUAGAGCUGCAGUUCCAGCUUCUUCAGGCCAGUCGGAGGUAUUCGAUAAUGGGUCUUCUGGGGAUACUUCAGAGGAUUUAAUGCCUGACAUGGAGAAUUCAAGAAAGUCUGAUUUAUCAGACCAACAAGGCAGAAAUAGUAUGCAUCUCCAAGACAAAGAUUAUCAUGGUCUUUGGAGCAACUCUUCAAGUAGGGAAAGUUGGCAGCUGCAUGGCAAACUUGGAGAUUACUCUGGGAUCAUGCCAUCUCUUGAGAAAACAGAGAAAAAGCAGCAUAAAGACGUGGAAGCAAAUGCAAAUUGCUUAAACUAUGACAGACUAUCAGGAGAAGUGAGCUCAUCAAGCAUAACAGAGACAAGUCCAAAGAAGCCUAAUCUUGAGUUCACUUUAGGAAGGCCAUCAGAUUAACCAAAAAAAAAAAAAAGUAAAAGAAAAUAUCUAUGCAGCAAAUAAGUUGGUAUUCUGCUACUCAUUUUGAAAUCAUUGUAAUUUCUGAAAAGGGAGCUGGUUUAAAGAAAAAGUAACAAGGAAGAGAAUCAGGUACCCACAAAAACAGAGAAAAGCAAAGGAAAAGAAAAAGAGAGCUAAAGAAAGACAAGGAGGCAAAAAAGACAGGAAGAAGGCAAAAAGAGAAGGGGAAAAUCUGUGACUCCUCUGCAUCAAACAAUAUGUUAUUUUAUUCCCUUCUAGAGAGAGUGGGAAAGAGGAAUAUGAAAUCUAAUUGAUUUUGUGUAUUAUUAGAGUAGUCAUUGGAGGGAGAAAGAGAGAAAGAGGCCUUUUAUCCCUCUCUUUUUGUAACUAUAGUAUCUAGGAAGUGAUCUUUUAUCCUUGGUAAUUGUAUGACUUACUUUAUGUUAAAGAAAAGAAAUGGAGUGGUGUAUUUUUAUUGGGAA